AUGGUUAUUGCUCAUCAUCUUUCUCCCAUUACUCGAACUCUCUCCUACUUCGCCAGGAGAAGAAUUUCAUCAAAGUGCAGAAAUUCACAAAUGGGUUCAGAAAAUUUGAGUCUAAUUGAUACAAGAAAGCGUGCAAAUUUUCGGCUUUGUAACGUUUCAGGUUAUAAGAUGGAUCUGCUGGAAAUUCAUGCCAAGGACCCGAAGUUUCAUGUCUUGUUUAUUCCUGGAAAUCCAGGUGUUAUCUCGUUUUAUCUUGAUUUUCUGGAAUCACUCUAUGAUCUGCUGGAUGGAGCUGCAUCUGUGGCAGCAAUCUCGCACAUUGCCCAAACAGAAAAGAAUUGGGAGCGCGGAAGGUUGUUCUCACUGCAAGAACAAACAGAUCACAAGAUAAACUUCAUAGAGCAUGAGCUUCAGGAUGUCGAAGUUCCUAUAGUACUGGUUGGUCAUUCUAUUGGAUCAUACAUAUCUCUAGACAUUUUUAAAAGAUUUCAAGGAAAGGUGGCAUACUGCAUUUGCUUGUAUCCAUUUCUAGCUGUAAACACCAAGUCUUCAACACAAUCUGUUAUUAAGAAGAUUGCAGCAUCUCGCACCUUAUCUACAGGCCUUAGUUCAAUUGUAGCAAUUCUGGGAUUUUUACCAGUCUGGAUCUCCAGGAUUCUGGUGAAAAACUCUGUGGGAAAGUCCUGGUGCCCAGCCGCAGUGGAAGCUCUCUGUUCACAUGUCCUCAGGUACCAUACCGUUCAGAACAUGCUAUACAUGGCAAUGACCGAAUUCGAAAAGCUUUCUGAGGUACCUGAUUGGUCAUUUAUGAGGGAAAAGAAAAGUCAGAUGGCAUUUUUGUUUGGAGUCGACGAUCACUGGGGUCCCUUGGAUCUCUAUGAAGAGAUCUCCAAUAAGGUACCAGGUGCUGUUUUAGCAGUAGAAAGAGAGAAUUUUACUCAUUCUUUUUCUUGCACAGAGGCUGGUUCAUUAUGGGUAGCUAAGCAUGUUUCUAGCUUAAUCAAGAAUUAUUUUUCAAAAAUCGACGCCGAGUAGACGUUAUUUCUUUCUGGAAAAGCUUCAGGCAGUCAAUAAAAUCGAGCUAAUAUGUGAUCGAUCAUUUCUGGUUCAACAAAAAUUCAGAUCAAUAUUUCCAGAGAAUAUUCGAUUUGGAUGGAAUUUAUAUUGUAUCAGAGCUAAGUAUUAAAUACUUAGUUAUUUUUGGCUA